AUCGUCAAAAUUAUCUGUCAUUUUCGUUGAAUAAUUUUCAGUGGACGUAAGCCUCCGAGAGCACAUAUUGCAAAAUUAUAUUCGUCAAAUAAUUAAUGCAUUUAAAAUCAGGAAAAUCUAUUCUGUUUGAUUCUUGUCCUCUUUUUUAAACAGAUUUUAAGGUUAUGUUUAGAUUCUCCGGAUGAUGUGGAUUAGGUACUCAUACUUCGUUUAACUUUUAAUUUAUUUUAUGCCCCCAAUUAAUUUCGCCAAUUCUAUUGUCACUACUUUUUGAAUGAAUCACUACCGUUAUUAACCACACCUCCUCAUAUUGAAACUCUCAGUCAUGUGUUUAUCUCGCGCUUAUCAGUGGUAACAGUCCUCUUGUGAUGAAAACCACCCACCCCUUUGUAGUGUUAAGAUGCUGAUGAUUCAGUUCUUGUUUACUCUAUCCCUGUCUUUUCCUGUGAUAGUGGACCUGUAGCUCGUAAAUCAAGUGUUCCUAAAUUUAGUGAUAACUCAGCCUCAUGCUAGGAAUGCAGAUUGUUAUGGCUCCAACGAUUGCUCUCUAGUUUCCAUUUCCAAGCAGGAUACAAUGACUAUGUGAUUCAGCAAACCUGUUUACUAACUUGAAGAUUCAUCCUGGCUCAGCGUUAAACCUUUGCCUGUAUUACUAUGUAUUCAUCAAAUUUUGGAUCAAUUAAUGCUUCCGGAGGUGUCAAUGAAAGUGGCAACUCUGAGGCGCUCGAUUACAAUGUCAGUAGUGGAGACAAGAUUUCACUGCGGCCAACCAGAAGCAGAAACAUGCUCUCAUCAGUUCUUGGUGCUUGUGGCUUUGAUGGAGGUAGAGAACGGUCAUCCUCUGGUGGCUAUGUGGAGUUUGGCAACAUUGGCGAAGAAAAUUCAAGCCGAACGCUGGGCACAUUCAGCGGUGUUUUUAGUCCUGUAGCCCUGUCAAUGUUCAGUGCUCUUCUUUUCCUCCGAGUUGGUUUCAUCGUCGGAAAUGCUGGUCUGCUUGUAACUUUAUUGCAGUUUGGAAUUGCAUACGGGAUUCUAAUCUUCACAGUAUUUUCGAUUUGCGCUAUAUCAACCAAUGGACCUGUAGAAGGAGGAGGCGCUUACUUCAUGAUAAGCAGAGUACUCGGUCCCGAGUUAGGGGGCUCCAUUGGAACCUUGUUCUUCUUGGCAAAUGUUGUUAGUAGUGCAUUGUAUAUCGUUGGUUGCACAGAGGGUCUCAUCGAUAACUUUGGACCUUCAGGAUAUCUUGUAAGUGAGGAGGGCAUAUUGCCGGAUGGACCAUGGUGGAGAUUCUUCUACGAAUCGAUGCUAAAUUUGCUGAACCUAUUUGUCUGCCUCAUUGGUGCUGGAAUGUUUGCUAAGACCAGCGUCGUAAUCCUACUCGUUGUUGUGAUCUGUCUUUUAUCUGUGAUUUUUAGUUUUUGCACUCAGUCAGCAAUGCAGAUUCCUAUACCAUCUGCCAACACGCUCAUAAAUGGAACCAACCACACUACAGAUAUCACAUACACGGGAUUAAACUUUACAACCUUCACAGAGAACUUGUUUCCUAAGUAUGGAGAAGACUAUACCUCACAUGGAGACAUUGUGACUUUUGCAUCUGUGUUUGGUGUCCUGUUCAGCGGUGUCACGGGUAUCAUGGCAGGAGCCAAUAUGUCAGGUGAACUGAAGGACCCUGCUCGCAAUAUUCCUCGAGGCACAAUCUCUGCUGUUAUUUUUACGUUGAUAGUCUACGUAACGCUUUCAAUGCUGACAGCUGCCACCACCACAAGAUUUUUACUCCAGAAUUCUUAUGUAUUUCUUUUGCCCAUCAACGUCUAUCCACCGUUUGUUACGAUUGGUAUUCUUACAGCAACAUUCUCUGCAUCCCUGUCAAAUUUGAUUGGAUCCAGUCGAGUGUUAGAAGCUUUGGCAAAAGAUAAUGUCUUUGGGAGACUCUUGAAUUUCGUCUCUAAAGGGGUCUGGCGGAGUAAUCCACUGGCUGCUGUGUUCACCUCAUGGCUUCUUGUCGAGGUCAUCUUAUCCAUUGGCUCGCUAAACACAAUAGCCCAAGUCAACUCAGUUCUCUUUUUGCUGUCUUAUCUGGCAACAAAUUUGGCCUGCCUGGGUCUGGACCUCUCCUCCGCACCUAAUUUUAGGCCGUCUUUCAAGUACUUCUCAUGGGCAACAGCUCUUUUGGGUCUCAUAGGAACACUCUUCAUGAUGUUCAUCAUCAAUCCAUUAUACGCUUCUUCCAGUAUUGCGUUAUGUAUUUUGCUUGUUUCACUCCUACACCUGUUCUCACCAGCCCGUUUUGCUCCAUGGGGCUCCAUAUCUCAGGCUCUUAUUUUCCAUCAGGUACGGAAAUACUUGUUACUGCUCGACUCCCGGAAAGAUCAUGUUAAAUUCUGGCGACCUCAAAUCCUUCUUCUAGUCGGAAAUCCACGCUCUUCCUGUCCUCUGAUUCACUUUGUUAAUGACCUGAAAAAGAGUGGACUGUAUGUCUUGGGCCAUGUCAAAGUUGGACCCGAAUUCAGCAAUCUGGAGGAGGACCCGUUAGUCGACGAGUAUCCCACCUGGUUGACAUUGAUCGAUCACCUGAAGGUGAAAGCUUUUAUCGAAUUGACGGUUGCAAAGUCAGUGCGUGAAGGUGCCCACCACCUUAUCCGAAUCUCAGGGAUGGGCGCAAUGAAACCAAACACUAUUGUCCUUGGAUUCUAUGAUGAUCUUAAUCCACGAGACUUUUUUGCUGACGUAAAUUCCCAUUACCAGACACACUUAUUCCAGCGCUCAGCUAUGGACAAAGAGGCAUUCAGUUUGCGCAAGAUGAACGAAGUGAAAAAACUCUCGUGCGACGAGUAUGUUGCCAUCAUGGGAGACAUUCUCAAGAUGAAAAAAAAUAUAUGCGUCUGUCGAAACUUUCAUAUUUUGGACAAAAACUCCAUUGCCAAUAG